AUGGGCACCAUAGUAACCAAGCGCGGUGUUGUGGUCAAGCAGUUUGGCCUUACAGAGCUCUAUCAAACAGCUAACCCGGCCGUCGAUAUCGUCUUUGUCCACGGCCUGAACGGAACCUCAUAUCAUACCUGGGCGACGAAGAAGCCGCAGGAGGUCUUCUGGCCGUCCGAUCUUCUACCAGACGCCCUGCGCGGCCUCGAGGUCAGAAUCCUCACUUAUGGCUACGACGCGAACGUCACGGCGUUUACUGGAGGGACGUCAAAGGAUAAGCUACAUAACCAUGCUGAGCAUCUCAUCUCCAAGCUGUUUGCCCUUCGAAACAGCACCCAGUCGACUGAGAGGCCCAUCGUCUUCAUCUGUCACUCCCUCGGCGGCCUGGUGGUGAAGAAGGCUCUCUGCUGCUACACCAGGAUCAGCCAUCAGCACACACAGCAUCUCCGAUCCAUCUAUAUAUCGACAUACGGCAUCCUCUUCCUAGGGACACCGCAUAAUGGAUCUAACAUCGCAAAGAUGGCCAGCACGGCGCAGUCCUUUAUCAGCACCGUCAUCCCAAAGAAGCUCCUCUCCACCUCCCCACAGCUCAUCCAGGUCCUGCAGAGCAAUAACGAGCAUCUCCAGGUUAUCAACCGUGAGUUCGUCCAGAUCAUGGAUCGGUUCCACAUCUACUUCUUCCACGAGUCGAAACCCAUGGAUUUAGGCGGGACCCGAGCCUUUAUCGUUGAGGAGUCUUCCGCUGCCCCGGUCAUGGACGGGGUGGAGCGUAUGGGCAUCGAGGCAGAUCAUGGAGCAAUGUGUCGCUACCUCAACGAAAACUCCCCUGGCUACGAUACCGUCACAGAGGCAAUACGGCGUUACUCCUCUGCCGCCGGUCCUACCAUCGUCGCCCGCUGGCAGCAGGCUAAGCGGGAGUACUACCUUGCAGUGCAAGCCGGUUUGCAGGUCCAGCAACUUACUGUGGGCAGCACUCUUGAUCUCACAUCCGAUGCGCACGACCCACUUGAACGCUCGGUGUCCUCCCUUCCUGGGCCACACGACGCAGCUUACACCAACCCAGAAGCUCUCAGUAACGUCGGCCAGUCUCUACUAUUGGGUCAGAAAGAUGAACCAGUCGUCACCGUUAGCCCUCCCGGCUUCCAUCCUAAUGCCGUGUUUUUCGGUAUGGAAGAUGAGAUGGAUCAGCUGCAACGGGUACUAUCCGAUGAACGGAAACGGUCUCUAGGCCCAGUAGCUGUUUUAAUCCACGCUGGCCCAGGCGCCGGGAAAUCUCAUCUGGCUAGGCAAUACAUGUACGAUAACGAAGCUUCCUACCCUGGCGGCAUCUUCUGGAUCGAUGGCAAAUCAAAGGAGUCUCGUCUCAACGGAAUCUGGGAGAUUGCCGUUGCUGCAUCAAUAAUGUCAGAGGGUCAGGAAGAUCGAGAUCCAAGAUGGCUCAUGGCCGACAAAUACACAGCAAAUGUCAAGCGGUGGCUGGAAACUAGAGAUAACUGGCUUCUCGUCUUCGAUGGCCUUGCCUUUGAGCAUGAGGAGGACCUAGAUGAGUUUAGAAACUUCCUGCCCUUCAAGCCGAAUACCAGCAUUAUCUACACGUCUGUUGAUCGCACCCUGCGCCAGAAACAGCGGCUUUACGAGCCAUAUGGUCUUGCAGUCAAACCGUUGGCUGUUGAUGCUGCAUGCAAGCUUCUAUUCAGGGACCUAGGGAUCAUAAACGCAAAUUCGAAGCAAAAGAAGAAAGCUCGUGAACUGGUUAGGCACUAUGAAUGCUUGCCGCUUGCCAUUCACGCCUUGGGCCACCGUCUUAGUGCUAGCGGGAAGCCACUCGAAACAUACCAUUUUGGCUCACAUCUGACAGAUAUUCGUCUGGCUGAGCCAUACAGAGGGAUAAUGUCCGACCUUAACACCAACGAGUACACCGAGGCGCUACAGCUGAUCUAUAUCCUAUCAUUCUUUGGCCACGACGUACCAGUUGGGAUGAUUCAUCUAGGCCGCAAGGCUUUGGCGGAAUAUAAAGUCGAAAUCCGAACUCUAGAAAGAUACGGAAGUUCCGAGAGGCAUAUCGACAAUACUUUUGCUAUCCUCAUCAAGUACGGACUAAUCGAGCGCUCAUUUGACCCGUAUACAUGGAACGAGGUCACUGCUACCCCAACCAGCGAAAUUGACAGGAUGGGCAUCGAGCGUCGUUCUACGGACCCAGCGAAUUCGCAAAGCGCAUCUAGUCAAGAUACCUUCUCUGCCCGGCCACGAACGGCCAUCGACGUGCUAAAGAUCCAUUCCGUUGUCCAAGGUUUCUGCCGUGACGAACUCAUCGCCGAAGGCCCAAAGCACUUCUGGUACUGGCUGGGUAUUGCAACAAGUUUGUUCUGUCUGUCGUAUAAGAAUGCCACUACCCAGAUCAAAGCAAUCAGGGGCGCAGGUCUCGUUAGAGACUACCACAAGUCAGAGGUCAAUUUAGAGCUUCACCAUGAGUGUUUGAAAACGAUGCUGCUUGAUAUUGAAGAAGAGAUCAGACAUCGAUCUCCUGGCUCAUCCCAGGAAUCAUUCCGUCACCAGAAAUCAAUUUUCGACCAUACAAGCAGCAUGUCGUCCUUUUCCGACUCUAUAGUUAGCGGAUCUACAAAGUCCUGGGAGCAGGAAAUGGGUACUGAAUGCACCGACUCGCCCCUGGAAAUAUCAUCACCGCGGAGCCCCAUUCAAUCUCAUUCUGUUUUCUACGGUAAUCAGAAUAUUGGAAUCGAGAAUCUCAAUCAAGGCCAGGGCGACGGGAACCAGACUGCCGCUGAUAUGUCUCCAUCUUUAUCCAACAACACGGAAGUUCCGACGCCAACGAUAUCCCAGGAAGAGCAGCCUAGCCCUCCUACAAAGAAGCGAAGUAGUUUCCUCUCUGCCUUUAAAGAGCCUCUUAGGCGAUUUAGGGAGCGGAAGAAUCUUGGGGAGUUUAGGCCAACAACGCCUACUGUGUCCGUUUCCGAUAGUUCCCGACGGAACAGCUCCAUAAUAGUCCAAGGAAGCUCUGGCCAGAGGAAACCGUCUGAUUCUGAAUCUGUUGGCAAAGCAGCUAUGGCCGUAAUGCAGCAACAGAUGUCUUCAAAAAGCAGUGGUACCAACUCAGCUAGGCCGGGAUCUAGUAACAAGAGCAACCAGCAACUUUCUUAUGCCGCAGUCGUGUCUGGAGAGCCUUUAACCGGAACGAAGCCCCCUCGGCAACAGCCGAGCCUUCCACAGCGUCCAGUACACACGGAUAGCCCUCCGUUGCCCGGCGUGGAAGAGAUAAAACGCCUAUCCGCUUCUAUGAUGGAAGGUGCCAAAAUGAACCUGUCGUUGUCAACUCACAGUGACCCUGGAUUACCAUACCCUCCACAUCGGGCUUCUGCAUCUGAUCGAAGCUCACCGACAAGCCCAAACUCUCCCUUCAUGCCAGGACAGAAUUAUCCAAAGCCUCCGAUAGUACAUCAGCAACAUUUCAGCGAUUCCAACGUCGGUGCCCCGUACGCUGGGCCGAACCCCUUACCAUUACCAUAUGAUCCAGACAUUCAAAUCACUCAACUCCCACGACGGACCUCAGCAUUCACUCGCGAAAACACAAACGUACCACCUCUGCGCAAUAUGGGUUCUAGAAGUAGCCUCCCCCACGGUUACUCAUCCCAGCCGAUGUCUCGGGAACAUUCCCAGCUAUCCCACCAGUCACUCCAAGCGGAACCUGGUAGAUUCGCAUCUUAUUCAUCGGGGCCCCGGGCUGCCUCAUUCUCCCAUUCCAACCGGGCAAUUAUCCCUAGAUUGGACACGCGAAUAAGGUACCCAGCCAGCGAAUGUGCCAUCGACUCAGCUACAACGACACCCACUUCAACCGAAAGCCAGCCACUGUCAAAGACCCAAUCAGGCCCCGGCUUCAUGGUCGAUUCGGGUGAUGGUGUUAGCAGAAGUCUCAUAGAAUUCAACGCUGUGCGCUAUACCCCACAAAUCCGAUUUGGCGAACUCGAGCCCGUCAGCGUUGAUGCUGCUAGACAGCGAACCGAGCUAGCGCUCAGACAAGAGCAGAUGAGGCGCCAAAUGCGCGCCGCACCUUAUCCAGACCGCAACCUUAUGCCAACCGCUAGCGAUCCACAGCAGCUAGCGGCCUUGGUAACACCCGGAUUCCCUUCUCCACCACAGCCACGAGUGGAACAAGUUCGUCGCCAAGAGGGAGGUGUUCGGCCAAGGCUAAGGAGCGGCAGCACUCCCCAGACUCCCGACUGGACGGGCUUGGGCAUCCACCAUCGAUUACCAUGA